AUGGGUUUGCAAAGGGCCCCAGACUCCCAAGUGGCCAAGGAGCGUCGGCGUGUAGUAAAAGCUCGGCAAGUAGCACGCAAAAUGGCUGCAAGUGCAACAAUGAAGUUCCGCAGGUCAGGAGGCCGGGCACGUUGUGCAGGCAGGUUGAGCUGUACUAGCUACUUUUUUGACCUAGGCUAUGGCAAGAAAUUUGCUUCUUGCUGGGAGCCGCCGAGCAUGGGGAUCGAAAGCUCCCCUGCAUACCGAUUCGUGGUGUCCCGCUGUGGGAUUGACCCGCUGCCAGAACCUGAAGACAGAGAUGGUGCCCCAGUCAAAGGUGGCUUGCCCUUCAACCAGUACCCUCCGAACUUGCUGGUGGAUGGGCAACGUGCUUAUUGGCUGCCAGAUGAUUGGGCACAGGUGGUCAAAAACACAGGACCUGGAGGCACCUAUGUUGGUUGGUUAAAUCCAGGCGGAAAAUUCUUCUACCACAGACAUGGAUAUCCGACUGCAAUCGAAGAAUCUCUUGGUAGGGUACUGACGGCGGUUGAUGGCUUCAACGGCAUAAUGAGGUCCGUUGGCAAGGUGGUUACCGAGCAGGGCGACAAAGACUUCUUGGAAACAUGUUUGACUUCCAAGGAGCGCAGGAACAUUGUGCCGGUGAGGAAGUUUCACUUUGCUGUGAUCUCGGCCCGUCGGGCCACUUCCCCUGAUGGCAUUCACAACAUCAUGGUGGUGGAAGCGCAUUUUCGAUUGAAGGGGGUACGUCCAACCUGGUAUGUUGAUGAAGCCAGUCACUCGGACUAUGAGAAGCUUGGUUUGCGGGUCAAAGUGGGAGGCAAGUUAACUCCAGCCAGAAACAAAGCCUUGGAGGAAGCGAGAAGACAAGGCUGUGUGUGUGUUCAAGUGAGUGAUGAUAUCUCCAAAUGGGAAUACUACAAUGUCGCACAGCAAGAUUUCCGUGGUAAGAUGAGUUUCAAAAAGGCCAACGAAGCUGUCAAGGGCAUCAAGCCAAUGACUAUCUCUCCUGUUUGUGCUGCUCAGUUCAUUCUGGCAAAGAUGCGCUCAUCAAACGAAAAGCCCAAACUCGGUGGUGUUUUCCCAACCUUGAAUGCGGCCCUGUCCUUGGGAGCUCCUGAAUUUUCGACGCAGCACUUCAUUCUAGGUGAUUUUUUUGUGGUAGAGCUUUCGCCAUGUCGCUUUGAUGAAUCCAUGACAUUGAAAGAAGACUAUGACUACACAUGUAGCCACUUGCAGCAUCAUGGUCAUGUGCUCCGAUGCAACCGAAUGUUUGCACACGCACGGCAUGCUACAAACAAAGGAGGUGCCGUGGCUAUCCGAGACAGUGCUGGAGCGAAGGAAAAGCUCAACAUAUCCAUUUUGAUGAAGAAAUGGCCUGGCGCAUUUUGUUUGAAUGGCAGGCGAAAGCACGAAGUUGUUUUGAGCUGGAAGAGGUGCAAAACCGACCCAUGCAGAGCACAAAGCACCACAAAGACAUUCGAGGAGCACAAAUGCCUCAAGUUGUCAGGCGCAAGCAAGCUGGGCAAGGGAAAGUCAGUAAAACCUAUCAAGCACCUGAAGUCCAAUGGGCAUACUGGGCAGAUGCGGCAGACGCACCUCAAGCAGCGGUCACUAAGGUGCCGGGCAGUGGUUAAGCGUUGA